AAGAGUCGCCCUAAAACCCGGACAGGAGUGUAAAAGCAAAAGUCCCGAAAGAGCAAGAGUCCAUUGAAGCCGGGACAAGGAGCAGAAGGAGAAGCAUAAAGAAUACCCUAUACAAAUAUGGAUAUCAUCAGGGACCCCUUUCGAAAAUGGGCAGCAGAUAAAGCUGAGCACCGCACAACCUUGCAAAAUGGAAACCCAAACCUUCUUGCCUUCUUCCUCCCUUCCCCCAUUGCAGUCGCAGAGCGCAGCGCAGUGUUCAUCCCCUUCCUUCGUCUGCUUCCACCCCUGCAUUUUCUCCCCCCGCCCCCCUCAUCCGUCAGCUCAAUGGAAUGGAGCCUUGCUAUACACUACUAGCUUAAUUACCCCACGCCCCCGACAUGUAAUUUUCACCAAGAAAGUCUCCUUCAUAGUAACACUAGAGUAGAGCCAGCCAGCCCCUCGCCGCCAUGCAGUCCGGCUACGGCGGCGUCUCCGAGUUCCAGCAGUACAUGCUGGACCCCGGCGCCUUUGCCAUCUCCGCGCCGCCGCAGCCUGCUCAGCCGCCCGCGCCCGGGGGACAGGACCUCGCCGCGCCCUUCCGGUACCAGCCGCUGCACCACCACGCCCUGCCGCACCACCACCACCACCCGCCGCCUCAGAUGCCGCCGCACUUCGCGCACUUCGCCGGUGCCGGGCCCGCUGGGGGCAUACCCUUCACGCAGCAGCUGCUCCACCAGGCCGCCGCCGCCGGCCACCACCACCACCUCCAGCUCUUCCACGAGCAGCACCACCACAAGCACCAGCCGCCGCCGCCGGCCAGGUGGGCCCCGCACCACCAUCUCGGGCUCGACGUCGAGGCGGCCGUCCCCGAGAGCUCCGGGGCCGGCGCCGGGAGCGCGGCCUCCGGCGCCGCCGCCCCUCCUGGCGUCCCGCCGUUCCUGGCCGCCGCCAUGAGCUUCAAGCUGGGGGUCGACGGCGGCGGCGGCAGCGGCGCCACCGGCGGCACGGAGGGCGGCGCCGGCAGCGGCAUGAUGCUUCACGGAGGAGGCGGCGGCGGGGGCGGGGGCGACGACGAAGCGGCCACCGAGAGCCGGCUCCGGCGGUGGCCCGGCGACGAGGAGGCGUCCAUCAAAGAACCGACCUGGCGGCCACUGGACAUCGACUACAUACACGGCGCCAGCAGCAGCAAGAGGGCGGCGAGCAAGGACAAGGCGGCCACGCCGGAGUCGCCUGCGCCGCCGCCUCCCGCGAAUUACUUCAAGACUAAGGGCGACGACAAUGCUGCGGCCGCAUCCGCAUCCGCCGGCGCCGUCAACUACAAGCUCUUCAGCGAGCUGGAGGCCAUCUACAAGCCUGGGAGCGGCGGCGCCCAAACUGGAUCUGGCUCCGGGCUCACCGGAGACGACAAUGCCAUGCUCGCGCCGCCCAUGGCCGACCUCCCUGACGCGGGGGCCGCCGACCCGCCGCAGCUGAACACGUCGGAGACGUCGGCCGAGGAGGACGCGCCCGCCGUGGUGCAGCCGCAGCCGUCGGGGGCGGACGCGACGGCGCGGCGCAAGCGCAAGCGGCGGCGGCAGGAGCAGCUGAGCGCGUCGGCCUCCUUCUUCGAGCGGCUGGUGCAGCGGCUGAUGGAGCACCAGGAGAGCCUCCACCGCCAGUUCCUCGACACCAUGGAGCGCCGGGAGCGGGAGCGCGCCGCCCGCGACGAGGCGUGGCGCCGCCAGGAGGCCGACAAGUUCGCGCGUGAGGCCGCCGCGCGCGCGCAGGACCGCGCCAGCGCAGCCGCGCGCGAGUCCGCCAUCAUCGCCUACCUCGAGAAGAUCUCCGGCGAGACCAUCACGCUCCCGCCCCCCGCCGCCAACCCCGUUCCUCCCGUCGACGACAUGAGCCAGGACGGCGCGGGCAAGGAGCUGGUGGCGUACGACGUGGAGGCCGCGGAGCGGGGCGCGCUGCACCUGAGCUCGUCGAGGUGGCCGAAGCACGAGGUGGAGGCGCUGAUCCGGGUGCGCACGGGGCUGGAGGAUAGGUUCCAGGAGCCAGGGCUGAAGGGCCCGCUUUGGGAGGAGGUGAGCGCGCGCAUGACGGCGGCGGGCUACCGGCGAAGCUCGAAGCGGUGCAAGGAGAAGUGGGAGAACAUCAACAAGUACUUCCGCAAGGCGAAGGAGAGCGGCAAGAAGCGGCCUGCGCACGCCAAGACGUGCCCCUACUUCGACGAGCUCGACCGCCUCUACUCCCGGUCCGGCGGCGGGGGCGGCAAUAAUGCCGGCGCGGGCGAGGACGCCAAGGCCAGCUCGGAGCUGCUCGACGCGGUGGUGAAGUACCCCGACGUGCGGUGCGCGCCGCCGGGGUUCCCGUUCGACGGGGAACAGAACGAGGCGUGCGAGGGUGGUGGGAAGGAAGCGGGGAAGGAGGAAGAGGCACGCGAUGAUGGCGACGGCGAGGAGAGGGCAGGAGGGAGAGCGACCACCGAUCAGGACGAGGAGGAGGAGGAGGACGACCAAGUGGAGGACGACCGUUAAUUGCUCUUCCUACCAUCAUCAUCGUCAUCAUCAUUAUAUAGUUUAUAAUGUAUUAGCCAUGCAAUUAAGCUGCUGCUGCUGCUUAGCUCU